AUGGAUGCUAUUCAAAAAGAAACACUUUUGUCACUUUCAAAUUCUGUGAAGCUGCUGUUACAAAAGAUUGUUUCUACGGAGUUCGUGGACAACAUCAAGAUGAUGAAUCUUGACGUUUCACUCUUGGAAAAGGUGCAGAAAACACUUGUGGAUCUUGAAGAAGUACUUUAUCAUGCUGACAACAAACUCAUCCCCUGUCAAGCUAACAACAAAUCGCUCAAUUUCUUGAGACGUCUUGUUUUUGAAGUUGCCUAUUUGCUUGAUGAAAGCCACUUUUUAUGGUAUCCCGUAAUUACUGCUAAACUGCUCGAAAUUCAUUCUCGUUUGCCUUUUCUCAUCACAGUGAUUAAAUCUAAAACUGAAUAUUUAAUUCAAAUAUUACAUGGCUCAAGUUCCGGAGAACAACUUGGUGAUGAUGAGUCUUCUAUUUAUGGAAGAGACGCUGAUGUUGAGAAACUUAAACAUCUUUUGUUGUCUAGUGAUAGUAAAAUAAGAGUGAUUUCCAUUGUUGGUAUGGGAGGGAUUGGUAAAACAGCCCUUGCUAAACACCUUUACAAUCUUCCUCAAAUUAACGAGAAUUUUGAGUUAAAACUGUGGGCUGAUUUCUCAAAUGAUGUUGAUGAUUUCAGUGUUUUUGAAAACAUUCUUCACUCUAUUACUUCACAAACAACCACAAGUAAUGAUACAACUGAUAUGAAUACUGUUUACCCAAGUUUUUUGCUAGUACUGGAUGGUGUGUGGGAUGAAAGAUUUGUCAAUUGGACAUUACUCAUGGAUAUCUUUAAUGCUGGGGAAACACGGAGUAGAAUCAUUGUCACAACACGAGAUGAAAGAGUUGCAAUAUCCAUGAAAACCUUUCUUUCUGUUCACUAUCUGAGACCCUUGGAAGCUCAAGAUUGCUGGUCUUUACUGGUCGAACACACAUUUGGAGGACAUCACUUCGAUCGACUAUCCUAUCAAGAAGAAAUUGGCACAUUUAAAAAAGAAAUGCGAGACAAAAUUGGCCGAAAAAUUGCAAAAAAGUGUGAUGGAUUACCACUAGCUGCUGUAGAACAUGGGGCUAUUCUUCGUAUUUCAUCAUCAAACCCAUAUGAAUGGAAUUAUGUGCUAGAAAGUCCCCUCCAGAAAACACCUUACGAUGUGCUAGCCUCUCUCAAAUUGAGCUACUAUUUCCUUUCUGAUUCUUUAAAACAGUGUUUUCAAUAUUGUUCAAGCUUUCCGAAGAAGUCCAUUUUAGAAAAAAAGAUGGUUGUUCAGUUGUGGAUUGCAGCAGGCUUACUAGAAUCAUCGUCCACAAAUCAAGAAAAAGUUGGAGAAGAAUACUUUGACGAACUAGUGUCAAGGUCAUUGAUACAUCGGCGGUCUAUUGGUGAUGAGGAAACAAACUUUGGAAUGCACAACUUCAUCCAUGAUUUAGCUACUGAGGUUUCAUCUCCAGAGGUUUCUUCUUCAUACUGUAUCAGUAUGGACAAACAUAACCCAGAUGAUAGGAUGCAAAAUUUCUCAUACAAUAGAGGGACAUAUGAUUCAUAUGAAAAAUUUGAUAAAUUAUUCGGAGUAAAAGGUCUGCAUACCUUUCUAGCAUUCCCAUUACAAGAACAAUUGCCUCUUGGUUUGCUAUCAAACAAGGUAGUGCAUGACUUGCUGCCAACAAUGAAACAAUUACGCAUGUUGUCUCUGUCAAGCUACAAGAGUAUCACCAAGGUUCCCAAGUCUAUUGGAAAUUUGAUAGACCUGCGGUACUUAAAUCUUUCUCACACUAGUAUUGAGAGGCUGCCAUCUGAAACAUGCAAGCUUUACCAUCUGCAGUUCUUGUUGUUGGCAGGUUGUAAAAGGCUCACUGAAUUGCCGGAGGACAUGGGAAAAUUGGUUAAUCUAUACUACCUUGACGUUAGUAACACCGCAUUGAAGGAGAUGCCGGAGGACAUGGGAAAAUUGGUUAAUCUACGCCACCUUGACGUUAGUGAUACUGUAUUGAGGGAGAUGCCGAUUCAAAUAACCAAACUACAAAAUCUCAAAACUCUGUCCGACUUUGUUGUCAGCAAAAAUAAUGAAGGAUUGAAGGUUGCAGAUCUGGGAAAAUUUCCCAACCUACAUGAAAAACUUUCCAUAUCACAGCUACAAAAUGUUAAUGACCCCAAUGAAGCUUUUAAAGCCAAUAUGAAGAUGAAAGAACGAAUAGACAAAUUAGCUUUAGAAUGGGAUUAUGGUACUGCUUUUUCAGAUCAACGAAAUCAUCGUAUUGUACUAGAACACAUGCAACCCUCAACAAAUUUGAAAAGUCUCACCAUCAAAGGCUAUGGUGGAGUCAGCGUUCCAAAUUGGUUGGGUGAUUCUUUAUAUGAUAGUAUGGUGUAUUUAAGGAUCUCAAAUUGUGAUAACUGUAUUUGGCUUCCACCCCUUGGACAAUUGGGUAAUUUGAAAGAACUCAAUAUUGAUUCGAUGCUUUCAAUAAAAAGUGUUGGUAUAGAGUUCUAUGGAAGUGAUGGUUCUGCUUCAUUUCAACCAUUUCCCUCCUUGGAGACUCUACACUUUGAGGAUAUGCCUGAGUGGGAGGAGUGGAACGUGAUUGGAGGCCCGACUAUGAAUUUUCCAAGUCUCAAACAUUUGUUGCUAAGUAAAUGUCCUAAACUGCAGGGAGACAUACCUUACAAACUUCCUUCCUUAACUGAAUUUGAGUUAAAAGGAUGUCCUUUACUGGUGGAGUCAAGACAUUCAGAUGAUAAUAACAAUAUCAUAAUUAUAGCUCCAAUUUCAGAUGUAUUCAACAGAUUGAUGCUUUCUCUUAAUUCUCUUCAACAGUUGACCAUAGACGACUUUCCAUCUCUAACGUCUUUCCCAACAGUCGGUCUACCAAAAACCUUGAAAUUUCUCAAAAUCAGUAAUUGUGAGAAUCUAGAGUUUCUACCUCAUGGAUACUUGCACAAUUACACAUUGCUCGAGGAAUUGAAAAUAUCUUAUAGCUGUAAUUCGAUGAUAUCAUUUAGCUUGGGUGUUUUCCCUGUCCUCAAGAGUCUGUUUAUUGAAGGUUGUAUAAAUUUGAAAUCGAUAUUAAUUGCAGAAGAUGCGUCACAAAAGAGUCUCUCAUUUCUUAGAAGCAUAAAAAUAUGGGAUUGUAGUGUAUUGGAGUCAUUUCCUCCUGGUGGAUUGACCACUCCAAACCUCGUUUGUUUUGCACUGUGGAAAUGUGAGAAGCUUCCUUCACUACCAAAAGCAAUGCACACUCUAACUCACCUUCGAGAAAUGGAAAUUGAUAAUCUACCAAAUCUUCAAUUAUUUGUCAUAUAUGAUUUACCUAGCAGUUUACAAGAACUGACUGUUGGUUCUGUUGGAGGGAUUAUGCGGAAUACUGGGCCAACUUGGAAAUAUCUCACAUGUCUUUCAGUGUUGCGGAUUAACAGCGAUGAUUCGGUGAACAUGAUGAUGGGGCCUUUUCUACCUGCAUCGCUUUUGACUCUAUGCAUCUAUGAUUUUAAUGAUGCAGUCAUUGGUGGGAAGUGUUUUCAACAUCUAAAGUCUCUCCAAAAACUUGAAAUUGUUAAUGCUCCCAAACUCAAGUCAUUGCCAAAAGAGGGAUUGCCUUCCUCUCUGUAUGUACUGAGUAUCACUCGUUGUCCUCUGCUGGAAGCAAGUUUGCAGAAGAAGCGAGGAAAAGAAUGGCGUAAGAUUGCUCGCAUUCCCUUCAUAAUCAUCAAUGACAAAAUGAUCACAUGA